GUACUACACUAUAAUAUGAAUUACCUCAUAAGCGGUGUCGUCUUUUGGACUCUCGGACAUGUUUUUGACAGUUGCAAUGGGGUGGGAUAGUUUCGUAGUGGGAAGUUUUGACGCGCUGGUGGAGUUAGCUAAAUCAUUUCGUGACUUCGACUGUUUUCACUCGUACUUGCACUUUCACGCCGCCUUUGAUAAACCCUGGCAGCCUGAGUGAUCCAAGCUAGCACCUAAUGGAUCAACCCAAACCCUCUGUCUCGCAAUCAGCGCCAUUACCACGAACACCUACAAGAUCCCCAUUUGACCCGGAUAAAGCUUCGGCUAGUCUUGGCCAAGAACAUGUGCAAAGGCUGAGUGAGAAUCUGUUCAAGAAGCUGGCACAAUAUACCCAGGGAGAGCUUAUUGCCAGUAGCGAAAAUUAUAAGCUUUUAGAGGCCAUGAACCAUACCACGCGUGAGCGAUAUGCCGACAUGUCAGAAAUGGCUCAGCGUCUGGUGAAAGAGAUGUCUAAGCUGCAGUCUACAUAUGCCGACUUCACAGAAUAUAUGAAGGAGAUUGAUGAUGUCAGUGAGCAGGCAGCCAACAUGGAACAGAUAUGUUUGGAAUUAGACGACUACACCAAGUACUUGGAGGACAAAUUGAAGAAUGCCAAUCGUGCAAGGACGUAGCUUGAUAGCGAUACAGAACUGAUUAUAUUAGCGUAAACUAUUUAGAAUUCAUUGUACAGACUUGCCAUUUUUACCAGAUAAACUCAACGGUCGCUUAAGAGGAAAUACGGUGCUGGACCAUUUUUAACUCACUGUGGGUCAUUGAGAGAUCUUUGAUUCUCCGAUAUCUUUUCAAAAUCAGGAAACAAAAAUAAAAUUGUUCAAGCUAGU